UCAGAGACGAGCUUCUGAAGAGAGGCAAAACAGGAACGGAGGUGGCAAAUCACUGUGCGAAGGCGAACGGACCUUCCUCUUGGCCGCCUCCCUGUUCCCGGCGCAGGUCUCCAGGGCUCUGUUGUUUUCAGCACUCGGAAAAGCCGGCGCUUCACAUCCAAGUAAAUCAAACCAGGGAGUUUUCUUUUCAGCACCUCGGACAGAAGCACGCAGCAAAAAAAUGGCUCCUAUCGCUACCAGCAGAGAAGAAUUUGAUGAAAUUCCCACUGUGGUGGGGAUCUUCAGUGCAUUUGGCCUGGUCUUCACAGUCUCUCUCUUUGCAUGGAUAUGCUGUCAGAGAAAGUCAUCCAAGUCUAACAAGACACCCCCUUACAAGUUUGUGCAUGUGCUCAAGGGAGUUGAUAUUUACCCUGAAAACCUAAGUAGCAAAAAGAAGUUUGGAGCUGAUGACAAAACUGAAGUGAAAAAUAAGCCAGCUUUGCCAAAGCAUGCAUUGCACCUUGAUCUUGAGAAGAGAGAUCUCAAUGGUAAUUUUCCCAAAAAAGCUGCUGGUCCUUCGGAUCUGGAGAAUGUGCCUCCGAAGCUCUCUACAGAAGGAGAAAAAGAGGGUGUUUCCCCAGAGAGCUUAAAGUCCAGCACUUCUCUAACCUCAGAAGAGAAACAAGAGAAGCUGGGCAUCCUCUUCUUCUCUUUAGAGUACAACUUUGAGAAAAAAGCAUUUGUGGUGAAUAUCAAGGAAGCCCGUGGUUUGCCGGCCAUGGAUGAGCAGUCAAUGACCUCCGACCCUUACAUCAAAAUGACGAUCCUCCCAGAGAAAAAGCAUAAAGUAAAAACCAGAGUGCUGAGGAAAACCUUGGACCCGGCCUUUGACGAGACCUUCACGUUCUAUGGGAUCCCCUACACCCAGAUCCAAGAGUUGACCCUGCACUUCACCAUCCUGAGUUUUGACAGGUUUUCAAGAGAUGAUAUUAUUGGGGAAGUCCUGAUUCCUCUCUCAGGAAUUGAAUUGUCUGACGGAAAAACAGUAAUGAACAGAGAGAUCAUCAAGAGAAAUGUUAGGAAGUCUUCAGGAAGAGGCGAGUUACUGAUCUCCCUCUGUUAUCAAUCCACUACAAACACCCUUACUGUGGUUGUCUUAAAAGCCCGACACCUACCUAAGUCGGAUGUUUCUGGACUUUCAGAUCCCUACGUCAAAGUCAACCUGUACCAUGCCAAAAAGAGAAUCUCCAAAAAGAAGACUCAUGUGAAGAAGUGCGCCCCCAAUGCCGUGUUCAAUGAACUGUUUGUUUUCGAUAUCCCUUGUGAGAGUCUUGAAGAAAUAAGUGUUGAAUUUCUGGUGUUGGAUUCCGAAAGGGGAUCCCGCAAUGAGGUGAUAGGGAGGUUGGUCCUCAGUGCCACAGCAGAAGGAAGCGGAGGCGAGCAUUGGAAGGAGAUCUGUGACUAUCCCCGGAGGCAAAUCGCCAAGUGGCACAUGCUCUGUGGCGGUUAGCAUCCUGGCGCUGACUUGGAACUGAAAGGUUUUUAUUAGGCAAAGAGCAAUUUUCUUUCUAUCUGAUGUCAUGAUUGCAAGCUUGUGACAGCAAGCAACCUUUUUUUUGUUGUUGUUAGAAGUGGAUUGAACUAGUAUAUCAGAGACUAACUGUAAAUGUGUAUCAUGACAAUUUCCCCCUUUUAUUAGAGAAGUUGGAUAAAUUUUCAUAAGAUAUCCAGUUUCCCUUGUGAAUCACUAGUGACAGAAGUGCAAGUAAUCAAACAUUUUAUGACUACU